AUGGAACCACACACAUCAUCAUGGAACCACACACCACCAUCACGGAACCACACACCACCAUCACGGAACCACACACCACCAUCACGGAACCACACACCACCAUCACGGAACCACACACACCAUCACGGAACCACACACCACCAUCAUGGAACCACACACCACCAUCAUGGAACCACACACCACCAUCAUGGACCACACGCCACUAUCAUGGAGCCACAUACCACCAUCAUGGAACCACACACCACCAUCACGGAACCACACACCACCAUCAUGGAACCACACACCACCAUCAUGGAACCACACACCACCAUCAUGGACCACACGCCACUAUCAUGGAGCCACACACCACCAUCAUGGAACCACACACCACCAUCAUGGAACCACACACCACCAUCAUGGAACCACAUACCACCAUGCCUGUUCGCCAUGAUGCACUGCCCUCAAAGCAAAGGAGCCAAAGUGCAUCCCUCCCCACCUAAGCCCCAUUGUGUCAGGGAUUGUUCACAGCAACGACAACACAACCAGCAUGCCAGCUUUAAUGUCACCAAUUUUUGUACUUUCUAG